CCUUACAUCGUCAUCGAGCUUCGUCUACACAAUCGAGGGAAGAAGCAAAAGGAAGACGAAGAGAGAUUCGAACGAAAUUCUCUGGAUUCUUCAAAAUGUUUCUCCAAUCGCCAAAAUUAUGGAAGAUGCUUCUAAUUCUAGCGAUUUGGUCACCAAUUUCACACUCGCUUCACUUCGAUCUACACUCAGGUCGCACAAAAUGUAUCGCCGAAGACAUCAAAAGCAAUUCCAUGACUGUUGGUAAAUACAACAUCGAUAAUCCUCACGAUGGUCAAGCUUUACCACAAUCUCACAAAAUCUCCGUCAAGGUGACUUCUAACUCCGGGAACAAUUACCAUCACGCGGAACAAGUUGAUUCGGGACAAUUCGCGUUCUCUGCUAUAGAAGCAGGUGAUUACAUGGCUUGCUUCACUGCUGUUGAUCAUAAGCCUGAGGUUUCGUUGAGCAUUGAUUUUGAGUGGAAGACUGGUGUUCAAUCUAAAAGCUGGGCUAAUGUUGCUAAGAAGAGCCAAGUCGAAGUUAUGGAAUUUGAAGUAAAGAGUCUUCUUGAUACCGUUAACUCGAUUCAUGAAGAGAUGUAUUAUCUUAGAGAUAGGGAAGAAGAAAUGCAAGAUCUGAACCGGUCCACUAACACGAAAAUGGCAUGGUUGAGUGUUCUCUCGUUUUUCGUCUGCAUAGGAGUGGCAGGGAUGCAGUUUUUGCACUUGAAGACGUUUUUCGAGAAGAAGAAGGUUAUCUGAAACUCUACGCGGUUGGUUAUGCUCUUUCUGUUUUCUUAGCCCAAACAAACAAUCUUCUCUUCUUUUGGGUGUUGUACAUUAGAUCAAUGGCUGCUACCAUGUUCUCUAAGACUUAGGAAUUUGGUUUGUGUUGCAUCAUUUGCUUUUUUCCAAGAUAAGCUCAGUUUUUGUUUAGAUUUGUUGGUCCUUAGGAAACUUUGAUGGUUUAAAAUCAAAUAAACUGUGUUUGUCUAGUAUA